AUGGGGGCGUAUAGAGCCGACGAUGAUUACGAUUACUUGUUCAAGGUUGUGUUGAUCGGCGACUCCGGCGUCGGGAAAUCCAACCUUCUGUCCCGUUUCACCAGGAACGAGUUCAGCCUUGAAUCGAAAUCCACGAUCGGAGUUGAGUUCGCAACUCGGAGCAUCCACGUCGAUGAUAAGGUCGUCAAGGCCCAGAUUUGGGAUACUGCUGGCCAAGAAAGGUAUCGAGCCAUAACCAGCGCAUACUACCGAGGAGCAGUGGGAGCACUGCUCGUCUACGACGUGACACGCCACGUCACGUUCGAGAACGUGGAGAGGUGGCUGAAGGAGCUCCGAGACCACACCGACGCCAAUAUCGUCAUCAUGCUCGUCGGGAACAAGGCCGACCUCCGCCACCUGAGGGCAGUCUCCACCGAGGACUCCAAGUCGUUCGCAGAGCGAGAGAACACCUUCUUCAUGGAAACAUCAGCUUUGGAGUCAAUGAAUGUGGAGAACGCGUUCACUGAGGUGCUCACCCAGAUCUACCGUGUCGUCAGCAGGAAGGCGCUUGAUAUCGGUGACGAUCCAGCAGCAUUGCCUCGAGGGCAGACGAUCAACGUUGGUGGCAGAGAUGAUGUGUCUGCAGUUAAGAAGGCAGGCUGCUGCUCUUCUUAA